AUGCUCACCCCUAUUCCUCCUCACUCUAGCACCUUCGCCACGCUCACCCAUAUUCCCCCUCACUCUAGCACCUUCGCCACGCUCACCCCUAUUCCUCCUCACUCUAGCACCUUCGCCACGCUCACCCCUAUUCCUCCUCACUCUAGCACCUUCGCCACACUCACCCCUAUUCCUCCUCACUCUAGCACCUUCGCCACACUCACCCCUAUUCCCCCUCACUCUAGCACCUUCGCCACGCUCACCCCUAUUCCCCCUCACUCUAGCACCUUCGUAAUGCUCACCCCUAUUCCUCCUCACUCUAGCACCGUCGUAAUGCUCACCCCUAUUCCUCCUCACUCUAGCACCUUCGUAAUGCUCACCCCUAUUCCUCCUCACUCUAGCACCGUCGUAAUGCUCACCCCUAUUCCUCCUCACUCUAGCACCUUCGCCACCCUCACCCCUAGUCCCCCUCACUCUAGCACCUUCGCCACGCUCACCCCUACACCUUCGCCACGCUCACCCCUGUUCCUCCUCACUCUAGCACCUUCGCCACGCUCACCCCUAUUCCUCCUCACUCUAGCACCUUCGCCACUCACCCCUAUUCCUCCUCACUCUAGCACCUUCGUCACGCUCACCCCUAUUCCUCCUCACUCUAGCACCUUCGUAAUGCUCACCCCUAUUCCUCCUCACUCUAGCACCUUCGCCACGCUCACCCCUAUUCCUCCUCACUCUAGCACCUUCGCCACGCUCACCCCUAUUCCCUCUCUCUCUAGCACCUUCGCCACGCUCACCCCUAUUCCUCCUCACUCUAGCACCUUCGCCACGCUCACCCCUAUUCCCCCUCACUCUAGCACCUUCGCCACGCUCACCCCUAUUCCUCCUCACUCUACCACCUUCGCCACGCUCACCCCUAUUCCUCCUCACUCUAGCACCUUCGCCACGCUCACCCCUAUUCCUCCUCACUCUAGCACCUUCGCCACGCUCACCCCUAUUCCUCCUUACUCUAGCACCUUCGCCAACCUCACCCCUAUUCCUCCUCACUCUAGCACCUUCGCCACGCUCACCCCUAUUCCUCCUCACUCUAGCACCUUCGCCACGCUCACCCCUAGUCCCCCUCACUCUAGCACCUUCGCAACGCUCACCCCUAGUCCUCCUCACUCUAGGACCUUCGCCACGCUCACCCCUAUUCCUCCUCACUCUAGCACCUUCGCCACGCUCACCCCUAUUCCUCCUCACUCAAGAACAUUUGCCAGGCUCACCCCUAUUCCUCCUCACUCUAGCACCUUCGCCACACUCACCCCUAUUCCUCCUCACUCUAGCACCUUCGCCACACUCACCCUUAUUCCUCCUCACUCUAGCACCUUCGCCACGCUCACCCCUAUUCCUCCUCACUCUAGCACCUUCGUCACGCUCACCCCUAUUCCUCCUCACUCUAGCACCUUCGUAAUGCUCACCCCUAUUCCUCCUCACUCUAGCACCUUCGCCACGCUCACCCCUAUUCCUCCUCACUCUAGCACCUUCGCCACGCUCACCCCUGUUCCUCCUCACUCUAGAACCUUCGCCACGCUCACCCCUAUUCCUCCUCACUCUAGCACCUUCGUAAUGCUCACCCCUAUUCCUCCUCACUCUAGCACCGUCGUAAUGCUCACCCCUAUUCCUCCUCACUCUAGCACCUUCGUAAUGCUCACCCCUAUUCCUCCUCACUCUAGCACCUUCGCCACCCUCACCCCUAGUCCCCCUCACUCUAGCACCUUCGCCACGCUCACCCCUAGUCCUCCUCACUCUAGCACCAUCGCCACGCUCACCCCUAUUCCUCCUCACUCUAGCACCUUCGCCACGCUCACCCCUAUUCCUCCUCACUCUAGAACCUUCGCCACGCUCACCCCUAUUCCUCCUCACUCUAGCACCUUCGUCACGCUCACCCCUAUUCCUCCUCACUCUAGCACCUUCGUAAUGCUCACCCCUAUUCCUCCUCACUCUAGCACCUUCGCCACCCUCACCCCUAGUCCCCCUCACUCUAGCACCUUCGCCACGCUCACCCCUAGUCCUCCUCACUCUAGCACCAUCGCCACGCUCACCCCUAUUCCUCCUCACUCUAGCACCUUCGCCACGCUCACCCCUAUUCCUCCUCACUCUAGAACCUUCGCCACGCUCACCCCUAUUCCUCCUCACUCUAGCACCUUCGCCACCCUCACCCCUAUUCCUCCUCACUCUAGCACCUUCGCCACGCUCACCCCUGUUCCUCCUCACUCUAGCACCUUCGCCACGCUCACCCCUAUUCCUCCUCACUCUAGCACCUUCGCCACGCUCACCCCUAUUCCUCCUCACUCUAGCACCUUCGCCACACUCACCCCUAUUCCUCCUCACUCUAGCACCUUCGCAACGCUCACCCCUAUUCCUCCUCACUCUAGCACCUUCGCCACGCUCACCCCUAUUCCUCCUCACUCUAGCACCUUCGCCACUCACCCCUAUUCCUCCUCACUCUAG